CCUUAGAAUUUCUCCGAAAGGAGCUGGGAAAUUUGUGGACCAGCGGACAUUGUCAAGAUGGUGACCCAGGAACCGCCCAGGUGCUGCGGCUACUUUAACAUCCGCUCGGUGGUGCUGGGAGUAGCCGUGUACUACGUGUUCGUGAGCCUGCAGUCUCUGGUGUGGCAGACGGUGGCGGUGAUUAAAUGCGGCGGAGUGUGUUCCGGGCCCUGGUCCUCGGCCGGGCCUGUGGCCGUCAUGUAUUCUCUGGCCUUCAUCCUGCUCCUGCUCAGCCUUUGCCUGCUCUUCGGUGUCCUCCGCAGGCGCCCGGGGCUUCUACUGCCCUUCCUGGCGUUCCAGAUCAUCGACUUCCUGGGCUCCCUGCUGCUCUUCUGUGGCUUUUUCGUGCGUUUCCCGUCAGAGCUCCGCAUGAUCAGCACUAGGCCCUACCUCCCCGGACAGGACUACAGUGACAAGUCGGCCGUGGCCGGAGGCUCGUUCCUGUUCAUCGCCCUGUACCUUCUGCUGCUGCUCCUGAAGAUCUACCUGAUCCGCUGUGUACUGACCUACUACCGCUUCCUGCUCAUCAGGGUGGUGCCCCCGAGCGACAGCGACGGCCUGGCCGUGAUCAUGGUGCCCGGGCCGGAGAAGAACCCCCUGCUCCUGCCUUCCUACGAAGAGGCCAUCAAUAUGCCCAGGAAGGACAGCCCUCCGCCCCCUUACUGCCAGGCCGCCGAGCCGGAGAAGGAGGCCGUGUAAGGGUAUGGGCAGCACCUCUUCUCACCGGGGACUACAGUGCCAGGCAUUCCUCCUGAUUCUUCUCACCCACUUCUCUCCCUGGAAGUCCACCAGCAGCUCUGCACUAUGACGUCACCAAUCCCCUGGUACCUGUCUCUUGACGUCAUUUCGUUUAAAGGGAUAGUGACUGCUCUUAGUUUUCGAUGAAAUGUGCCAUCCAGUGAUUGGGACUGUGGAAAGGAAGGCUGACGGUAUAGCGGCCAUUGCCCGGCCUUUAUAGGGGUUCUAGACCUGAAGAGCUGAGCCGUUGCCACCACCACAUCUGUACUGCGGUUCUUGGAGACAGUAUUAUAGGUGAGGUGGUGUUGGCAGGUGUAGAACCCCUAUAAGGUGCCAUGGCAUUAUACCUCCUGCACUUUAGUCAUACAGGGUCCUGGCAUUACUUCUCAUGGGUUUCUGUAAGAUUUGAGAAAGAGAAGGUCACAUGCUGACCUCAUGGCCGUUGUGCCCAGCAGAAAUGGGACCAGUUGAGUAUGAUGCUGCAUGACCCGUCCCAUAUCCCAAACCUCCCCCCUUGGUGAGAUCAUUGGGGUGCUUAGAUAUAAUUUUUUUUUUUAAGGCUAAAUUUGGGGGGGCUAGUUUGGAGUUGUCUGUUUUGAAGGGGUCUUCUGAGAACAAGAAAAUGAUCUAAAGCUAUUAAAUGGCGUAAAGGAAAAAAAACUCACCUGAUAAGCCCUUCACCAUUUCGGUGCUCUGGUCUUGGUUUACUUUGCUUUACUGGGGACCUAUGUGUUUAAAGGGGGUUUUCUGGGAGUGCAAUAUUGAUGACCUCCUAAUAUCUGAUUGGUGGGGGUCCGUUGUUUGAAGCGGCUGCAGUGUUCCAGUGAGUGCUAGGUCAGUGAUGUCACACUGUUAUUUUUUUAUUAUUUUUUUGCAGAUUAGUCCCAUACAAGUGAGUGGGCCUGGGCUACAACGGCUAUACAAUAUACGCUGCGAGAGAGCGCUCCGUAGAUCGUCAAGCAUCUGAUCGUGUCGGACCACCACUGAUCUGAUGAUGAGCUGUCCUGACUAGUAUUGGGUGAUCUUCUGUUUUCAAGUUCACCGUACAAGGUUCGGGUUAUCUAAGAAUUCCAUCAUGGCUUCCCCUACCACGGACAAUAACUUAUGAUCUGUGGUAGCAGAAUCCAUAACGGAAUACUUGGAUAACCUGAACCUUGUACGCCGAACUUGAAAACACAAGUUCGCUCAUCCGUAGUCCUGAGCAAAGGUCAUCCAUAUUGGAGUCCUAGGAAACUCCUUUAACCAUGUGACUGCUGCAGCCAUUCACUGGUCCCAGCAAAUAAGGGCACUGAUCAGCUGCAGCGGUCACAUUGAUAGAUGGGCACUACACAGUAAGCAAAGACCUUGGGGAGCAGCGGAUAAUACCCAUGUCAUACUUAUUAUUGUAUUUUCCUUUAGUUUUUAGUGUUUUUUUUUUUUUCUGAUCUCUGGAAAAACCCUUUUAAGUGUUGUGAAAUGUGAGUGAAAUUUACCUUCAAUGUUCCGUACUCCAUCCUGUUCUGAGAUCUGUGUCUGGUUUAGCAGUAGACUAUGCAAUUCUAGCCAAAUACACGUCCAAUUAGAUGAACAGAACAGUGGCCCCUGAUUCAGAUUUACCUUCUACUUACCGUUCGGUUCAUUUGAUGCCCAUAAGGUGGGCACAGUGGUCUUGGGUUCAUCGCUGAGCCACAGAAGAGGAGUCCCAGAUCUGUGAUCUAUUUAGCAAUCAUGGUAUCUCCAGCCUUUCAGUACCCACCCGUACAUCCACUCAUGAUCCCAUAACUGUGCCUUUACAAAACGGAGACUCCCCACGUCAAGACUGGCGCGUGCCCAGCCUCAGCUUACUACGCCUGGUCAAUCCAUCGGUGGAUAUAGGACUUGGACUGGAGGUCACCUGUAUCUUGUAUUGAUCCUCUAUUUCUGACUUACUGGUGUAAAUCAUACGCAAUGGCUUCAGUGUAAUUCUUAGUGUUUCCUGAAAAUACAUCCAUAUGAAUGGAAUAAUUCAGUGUUAACGCAUUGUAAGUGGCUUUCAUUUUUAUAUCAGGCUGAAAUCCUGUUCCUAUGAAGCCACCUUUCUUUUGUAUUACAUUAUCCUGGCUACUCCAUUAUCUAGACUGCUUUUCACCAAAGAUUGUGUUUCCUAUCAAAUGUUAGCGUAUGUUCGGCUUCUAAAUAAAAUAAUAUUUUUAAAUUGUC